UAAAUAAUUAUAAUAAUGACGUAAAAGCUGCUUAAGGUGCAUUUUUUUUAAGUCACGUUGGGGGUGGGUGACAGGGGGCCUGAAAGACUUCCUUUUUGAGGCCACGCAGAGAAAUGUGGUACUGACUGCUUCGACAGGAAAUAACGUUCAGGCAGUAGUUCUUGUCAGCCAACUAUGAAGCUGAUGGUGAUGGUGCAGAUGGUCGCUUUGUCAAUUGUCUCCGUGCUCCUGCUCUGCUGCUGUCUUACCUCCGCAGACUCUCAGGAUGGUUGUGACGCUUACGCCCCUGUCGGCGGACGUUUUGCUGUGCCUCUCCACCACAAACUACAAAUAUCCGAAAAUUUGAGAUGGAGGCACAACAAGACCAAAAUAUUUGAUCAAAGACCAGACCGGAUAGUUACUGGAAAGCGGGACGAUGUUUUUCAAAACGGUUCCCUGAAGCUGACAAACCUGGCGAGAAGCAGUGAAGGCACAUACGUGCCUGAGGUUUAUGAUAUAAAAGGGAAACUCGUAAUCGAUCCGAGAAGCCUAUAUUUGUGUGUGUUGGAUCCUGUCUCGAAGCCAGGCUUGAAAAUGGAAUGUGCCUUGCCCGAUGUGAAAUUCACAUGCGUGCCUGGUCAGAUGCCGGAAGUCACUGUCAAGUGGUUUCAGAAUGAUAAGCUUUUGCCCCAGGAAAAUAAGUGGACUGUGGUGCAAGUUGCCCAAAAGGUGGCAGAUGAUUCAUUCAAAUGCAAAGUUUCCAAUCAUGUCAGUUCCAUGAGCAGUGAGGGUGUGAUACAAAACUGCACUGGCUCAAGCUCAUCUAUCUUCCCCAAAGAAUUAUUUGGUCUUGAUUUUAGGAUCAUGGUGAGCAUCCUGGCCGGCAUGGGAGGCCUUGCUCUGUUGCUGGUUAUCAUCUUAAUUGUUUGCUGCAUCCGAGCCAUGCGAGAAAAACAAAAACAAGUUCAAGAGGAGGAGGAGCUUCGUUUGGGGUGGACCAACCCCGAAGGACACCAUCAGCAAUGUCAUCAUCACCCACCUAAUCUGCAUCAUCAUUCGCAUGGUCAACCUGGACGUCGGCAGCGCGGCGGGCCACAGCCUCCAAGAGGCCAAGCUCAGGGCAGCCCCAGAAGACCAACACAGGGCUUGAGAUCUACGAACACACAGCAGCAGGCUCCUCCUCUUCCUCAGCCGAGGAAGAUGGUUCCAGCACAAAUAAUCUGACGGCAUGUGAGAAACCCUCCCUGCAGACACCAUUAACAUCAUCAUCGCACACUAUUUAGUUUCACUUACUUAACCGAAGUACAUAUAAAAGGUCUACACGCCCCUGUUGAAGUGCCAGGUUCUUGUGAUGCAAACAUCAUCAAACCUAUAAAAUAAUUCUUCCACCACUAAUGACCUAUUACCUGUCUAACUCAAUUGAUUUAAAAAAUAUAUAUAUUCAAGUGGGCAAGCAAAAUUAAACAAUUGAGAUAAUAUGGUUGCAUGAAAAUUCCUGAUAUUUGAAAAUGGGGGUGCAGACUGUUUUAUAUUAAAUAUUGGCAAACUGUUCUUUAAAUGUUGGCAUCACUUCUCAGUUACUGUUAAAAAUUGGUAACCCACAUCAUUGUUACAAAUGUAUUGAAACAAAUGUUCUUUAUUGCUUGGGAAAAUGAAAGUAAGAUAAGAAGAGAAGAAAAACAAAAUAAGAUGCUAUCUUAGCAGUCAUUUAGAAAAUUAGUAAUAAGAAAUAACACAAUAACAAACUCCCAUUUGUGUUGUCAGUUUUGGGGGAAAAAAAUUUGCAAUCGUUUCAGCAAUACAAUAAACAUUUAACAAAUUCUAAUGUCUAGUUAGUUUUCAUUCAACCUGUACAUUUUUUACAUCAAAUGACAGUACUUUAAAUCUAAGUUCAAAUGUUACUAUUUUAUUGUGUGCAACAAUUCGUAUCAAUAAAAGUUUUUGUACUGUU